AUGAUCGAUCCAUACCAUCUCUACCUGGCGCGGAGGCCAAGCGUCCGCACCGACCCCAAAUCCAACUCUAAACAAUCCCCGGAUUCAAACCCAUCAAGUAGUAGUGCUUCCGCUUCCAAAUCCAGCUCUGUCGAUUCCAAAUCCCAGCAAAGCUCCUAUAUUGGCGGCGAUGGACUUUCUCCCACCAGCACAACAUCCACCGACCCCGCAACAAAGGCUAGUUUGGGAGGCUCUUCAAGUUCUUCUGGCAGUGCUCUACAGCAUAGGUUGCCGGAGUUCGAGCAUUUUAGACAGAGUUCUCCAUUGAUGCCUGAGUUUUAUCCCCGGACGUCGGAGUUUUUUAGCCGCCGGAGAAGGAGGAGUAGUGUUGCUGUUCCUUCGACGGAUGGUGCGGGGGUGGAGAGUGGGGAUAGUGCGAAUCAAAGAGGAGGCGUGGGUGGAGGAGGGGCGAAGAAGCCGCAUACAUUUCAUUUGCCAGCGACAUUUGAGGAAUCCGAAUCGAUGGUGGGGGAGCAAUUGCCGGUAAGGUUGGGGUUAGCGCCUCCUUCGCACAUCCAUGGGUUGGAAGAAGGCGAGGUGACGUAUAAAGCGAGAGUUGCUUUCGGGUAUUAUUUCUAUACUCCUCCGCCCGUCAAAUCUGCGAGCAGCACAAGUGCGGGAGGUGUGGGCAUUGGAAAAGCUCUGGGAAGGAGAAGGAAUACUGAUACGUCCGACAACUCUGCUGUCUCACAAGGCAAGCUAGUGGGCGGUGCGGUAUACUCCACAAGCCCAGCGGCGGACUCUCCUGUGAGAGGCAGAGCAAGUAGCUCACACAGCAGUCUACCCGGCUCAACACUUGUCGGGCAUACAACUUCGCAACCACCGCGCACACGCUUACCACCACCAUCACCAGACUGUUGGCAUCCAGACUCGUACUUCUCCAUCACCCGAUCUCGCGUCAAAGGCAAGAUGCGAGACUACAUUCACCACGCGUUCCCAUCCAGUGUCGUUCCAUAUUGGCACGGCUACAACACAGAAACAAUUGAAGCGGAGAUGUCUACCCAUCUCAACGUCAAUGCUGCCUUGCACGGCAACACUCUGCGCGAAUUUCCCGAGGGAUCUCGACCCUGCCGAGUGCUAGAUCUGGGUUGUGGACGCGGAGUAUGGUGUUUAGAUAUGGCUAGGGAAUGGAAGACGUCUGAAUUUGUCGGUCUCGACAUCGUCCCGAUCCAACCACCGUUGCAGGAACUAGAAGAUGCAGAUCUAGAGCAUAGAGUAAGCUGGGUGAUUGCGAACCUUCUCGAACCGCUACCUUUUCCAGAUGCCAGCUUUGACUACGUGCAUAUACGCUUCAUUUUGCAAGGUGUACCGGAGGACAAGUGGGUGGACAUCUUCUCCGAAGCACGGCGAAUCUUGGCUCCGGGAGGAGUGCUUGAGGUGGUAGAGGGGAACUACAGCUUCUUUGGCCAUGCGAGCUUAGUUGAUGUACAAGAGCUGAAGGAUCUGGAACAGGGAAGAGCCGCAAAGAAGGGUAGCGGCGUGAAGUUGCCGAAACGCUUGAAAGUGCUCAACGAUUCUUCCGACUCAGCGGACGUAGAUGCAAUCGAAGUGGUGUUGGAGCGAAUGAUGCAUCGACGAUUCAUUAACCCUACCCCACUCUCAGUCGUCCCAUCAGCCUUGCUAUUGCCGGGGUUUAGCAAUGUGGCGAAUGGAAACCCAAGGCAUAUCCCAGUAUAUGUCGAAUCAAGUGCACAACGUGCCCGCUCAGCUGCCGCCGCUGAAGGCGAAAAGAUUUCAUCAGGAGGCGCAACUUCAAGCGAAGACGAAGGCAAGCGUCAGGGCAGAUUCACCUCUCGUGGUCAAAUUGGUAAACCGCUCAAUUCGCAGUUCGCUAUGACCGACCCUGACCUCUUCUGCGCGCUAGUGAUUCUUCAACAACUCGACCAUUUCUCUUCAUCCCGCGAACUCAUCUGGGCGGAAGCAGAAGAAGAAAAACGCAGCCUGCAAGGUCAGCCGCAACCCGAGCUGGCCAAAAUGGACACCAAUCGACGCUUUUGUCAGGGCAACCCAGCAGCUUUGCGACCAUUCGCGCAUCCCUGGAAGUCGAAGGAUCAAUUUUUUAGUGCAAUGGAUGCGUGGAUUGACGCAACAAGAGCUUCGGCAGAUACAGAGCAUAUGUUGAGGAAGUAUCUUGGUUGGGAAAGUGUCCAUGAAGAUCUUACUGUGGAAGGGAGGAAGUUUGCGGAGAGGAGGCGGAAGAUGAGUGUGACUACUGCUGACCCUGGCGUUGCAGGUUUGCAGCGGUUGGGUGGUUUGGGUUUGGAACUGGAUCAGCUGGUGUUGGCCGAGAGUGCGGUCGAAGAGGAUAUCCUACCGCAGGAAGCGCGAGGUGAUGCGGAGACAGGAUCAGCAUUCGCCGUAUCCACAACACAUGCACAAGAAGCUCCCGCCGGACUGCAAACCACUCGAGCAUCCGCUCCUGACACCACCAAGCCCUCUCAGGGCGUCGAUACGACCGACAACGACACCCUCAAAGCAAGCUCAGGAGGCAAGAAGAGCAAGAAGAAAGUCAAGCGACCUAGCAGUAGCGGCGCUGGUGUCACCUCUCCCAACUCCGUAACCACGAGUCCUGGGCCCGGUGGAGGGUUCGGCAGCACCCGAGCCUUCGGUCGAGGAAGUGCAGGUGGGAGCUCGACUUUACCCGUACCGUUGCCGGAGGCAUCAGCGUUUAUGGCUAGCUACGCAUUUGCUUCCCCUGCCACAGAUCCUGUUUUCAGAGGACCAGCGACGAAGGUUUCUAUCAUAGCGAGUUCCAGGAAUGCAAGGAUUGGCUCGACAAGUGGGAAGAGUUUCAGUGAUAGGUCUAGUACAAGUGGGAAGACGGAGAGGGAGAAAGAUGAUGCGAUCAAGACACGGAAGAGCUCUGUUAUUGGCGCUACUGCGGCCCCUCCCCAACAGCAGGAGAAGGCGGAGGGAGGGAUGUCUGCAGCAGCGGCUUACGCAGCCACUCAACGAGUCUCGCAUGGACUGGAGGAAGAAUAUCGCAUGACCGAAACCAGUGUUGAUGGGGAGGGAGGCAGUAGGAGGCCUUCCAGACCUGUUUCUCCCACAUCCACCGUACCUGCUGCAGCACCAACUUCGGGAGCGACGACAUUGGGCAACCGUCCGCCGCAACCAGGACCAGACUCAUGCUCGGUCGGUAUACCAGCUAACAUGCUCCCCGCUGCCAGCGGUGGGACCGUGAGAAUUGCAGAACCAACCAUGAGGCCAAGUCGAUCAAGGUCGAAGUCGAGUGCGAAAGCAGUGGCGAUGAUCGGAUUUUAUGAUUGUACUGGGUUCCUUGCUACCGCUUAG